GGAGGGGACGCUCAGUUGAACAAUGAUGUUCGGUGGGGAUUGGUUUGUGUGUGACAGAGCAGGCGAGAGGGUUGUUUGUUUACUUUUGUGUGGAAAGAUGUUUCAUUUGCAUCUAGUGACUGUUUUUUAGGCCUUUUCUUUUUCUGUUCACCCUAGCAAAGGAGGCCCAUCUGUAGCGUUAGGACAGCAAAAACUUUUUUUAAUAAGAUUUGCCUGGGUAACAAUGCCAGCUGAGCGCAAAAAGUCAGCCAGUAUGGAAGAAAAAGAAUCUUCAUUAAAUAACAAAGAAAAAGACUUCAGUGAAAGGCGAUCAGUGAGCAGUAGAGAGAAACCAAAGGAGGAUUUGAAGGUUGGCCUGAAGAGAGAGACUCUCAAGACACCUGAAGAUAAAAAGAAAAAACUGGAGGAGGAUAAACGGAAAAAAGAAGACAAGGAGCGAAAGAAAAAAGAAGAGGACAAGAUAAAAGCUGAAGAAGAGCAGAAGAGGAAAGAGGAUGAAGAAAAAAAGAAAUUUGAAGAGGAAGAGAAAAAGAAACAAGAAGAGGAAGUAAAACGUCAGCAAGAGGAGGCAGCUGCACAGUUGAAAGAGAAAGAGGAAGCACAUCAACUCCACCAGGAAGCUUGGGAGCGCCAUCAAGCAAGAAAGGAACUCCGCAGCAAAAACCAGAAUGCACCAGAGAACCGCCCUGAGGAGAAUUUCUUUAGCAGGCUGGACUCGAGUCUGAAGAAGAACACUGCUUUUGUUAAGAAGCUAAAAACUAUUACAGAACAACAGAGGGACUCCUUGUCUCAUGAUUUUAAUAGCCUCAAUUUAAGCAAGUACAUUGCAGAAGCUGUAGCUUCUAUUGUUGAAGCAAAGCUGAAAAUAUCAGAUGUGAACUGUGCCGUGCACUUGUGUUCUCUGUUUCACCAGCGCUAUGCUGAUUUUGCUCCAUCACUUCUUCAGGUUUGGAAAAAGCAUUUUGAAGCAAGGAAAGAAGAGAAAACUCCCAACAUUACCAAACUAAGAACUGACUUGCGUUUCAUUGCAGAAUUGACAAUAGUUGGGAUUUUCACUGAUAAAGAAGGUCUGUCUUUAAUCUAUGAACAGCUAAAAAACAUUAUUAACGCUGAUCGAGAGACCCACGCUCAUGUUUCUGUGGUAAUAAGCUUUUGCCGGCACUGUGGAGAUGAUAUUGCUGGUUUGGUACCAAGGAAGGUUAAAAAUGCUGCAGAGAAGUUUAACUUGAGUUUUCCUCCUAGUGAGAUAAUCAGCCCAGAGAAGCAACAGCCCUUCCAGAAUUUGUUGAAGGAAUACUUUACAUCUUUGACCAAACACCUGAAAAGGGACCACAGAGAGCUACAAAAUAUUGAGAGACAAAACAGGUGACAUUUAAAUACUGUGAUAUGGUAUUUUUAUCAUUUUGCUGUGUUUUAUCAUUUUCAAGAAUCUAAUGAUUUGUCUGGUUUCAUCCACAGAGUUGGUAUUGGUGCACUGGAUGAGGUGAUAGUAUGCUCAGGCAAGAGAGAGGGAGCAGAUAGCACCGGAGCUGAAAAUAGUGACGGAAAACAAGCUGAAAGAAAACAAGAGGAUGAAGAAGCCAGUACUGGGUCUCACUUAAAACUGAUAGUAGAUGCUUUCCUUCAGCAACUCCCAAACUGUGUCAACAGAGACCUCAUAGACAAGGCAGCAAUGGAUUUUUGCAUGAGUAUGAAUACAAAAGCGAAUAGAAGAAAGUUAGUACGAGCUCUCUUCAUAGUUCCUAGACAAAGGUUGGAUUUGCUACCAUUUUAUGCAAGGCUGGUUGCCACAUUGCAUCCCUGUAUGUCUGAUGUAGCAGAGGAUCUUUGUUCCAUGCUGAAAGGCGAUUUCAGAUUUCAUGUGAGAAAAAAGGACCAGAUCAAUAUUGAAACAAAAAAUAAAACUGUGAGAUUUAUUGGCGAGCUUGCCAAGUUUAAGAUGUUCUCCAAAAAUGACACCCUGCAUUGUUUAAAGAUGCUUCUGUCAGAUUUUUCUCAUCACCAUAUUGAAAUGGCAUGUACUCUGCUGGAAACGUGUGGAAGAUUCCUAUUUAGAUCACCAGAGUCUCACUUAAGAACAAGCGUUCUUUUGGAACAAAUGAUGAGAAAGAAACAAGCAAUGCAUCUUGACGCACGGUAUGUCACAAUGGUGGAGAAUGCAUACUACUACUGUAAUCCCCCUCCAGCUGAAAAAACUGUGAGGAAGAAACGCCCACCUCUACAGGAGUAUAUUCGUAAGCUUCUUUACAAGGAUCUCUCCAAGGUCACCACUGAGAAGGUCCUGAGACAGAUGCGCAAAUUGCCCUGGCAGGAUCCUGAAGUGAAAGACUAUGUUAUAUGUUGUAUGAUCAACAUCUGGAAUGUGAAAUACAAUAGUAUUCACUGUGUAGCUAACCUCUUAGCAGGGUUGGUGCUUUACCAAGAGGAUGUUGGAAUUCAUGUUGUGGAUGGUGUGCUAGAGGAUAUUCGCCUAGGCAUGGAGGUUAACCAGCCAAAGUUUAAUCAGCGACGGAUCAGCAGUGCCAAGUUCUUGGGAGAACUUUACAAUUACCGAAUGGUAGAGUCAGCUGUAAUAUUUCGAACUCUAUAUUCAUUUACAUCAUUUGGUGUGAACCCUGAUGGUACUGCUAGUCCACUGGACCCUCCAGAACAUCUUUUCCGAAUUAGACUCGUCUGCACCAUCCUUGAUACCUGUGGGCAAUAUUUUGACAGAGGUUCCAGCAAACGGAAGCUUGAUUGCUUCCUUGUGUACUUUCAGAGGUAUGUUUGGUGGAAAAAGAAUUUGGAAGUUUGGACAAAAGACCAUCCAUUUCCUAUUGACAUUGACUAUAUGAUAAGUGAUACGCUAGAACUGUUGAGACCAAAGAUAAAACUCUGCAAUUCUCUCGAAGAAUCUGUCAGGCAGGUACAAGACUUGGAACGAGAAUUCUUAAUAAAACUAGGCCUUGUGAAUGACAAAGAUUCAAAAGAUUCUCUGACGGAAGGAGAGAAUCUGGAAGAAGAGGAAGAGGAGGAGGAAGGUGGAGCAGAGACAGAAGAACAGUCUGGAAAUGAAAGUGAAGUAAAUGAGCCAGAGGAAGAGGAGUGCUCAGACAACGACGAUGAGGAGGGUGAGGAAGAAGAAGAAGAGAAUACUGAUUACCUCACAGACUCCAAUAAGGAGAAUGAAACUGAUGAAGAGAACACAGAAGUAAUGAUUAAAGGAGGAGGACUUAAACAUGUUCCUUGUGUAGAGGAUGAGGACUUCAUUCAGGCAUUGGAUAAAAUGAUGCUGGAGAAUCUUCAGCAACGGAGUGGAGAAUCUGUGAAAGUACAUCAGCUGGAUGUUGCUAUUCCUCUGCAUCUCAAGAGUCAACUAAAGAAGGGUCCACCCUUGGGUGGUGGGGAAGGAGAAUCAGAGUCGGGAGACACAAUGCCAUUUGUCAUGUUAACUCGAAAAGGCAACAAACAACAGUUUAAGAUCCUAAAUGUGCCAAUGUCUUCCCAACUUGCUGCCAACCACUGGAAUCAACAACAGGCUGAGCAAGAGGAGAGAAUGAGAAUGAAAAAGCUCACUCUGGAUAUUAAUGAACGGCAAGAACAAGAGGACUAUCAGGAGAUGUUACAGUCUCUGGCACAGCGUCCAGCUCCAGCAAAUACUAAUCGUGAACGGCGGCCUCGUUACCAGCAUCCGAAGGGAGCACCUAAUGCAGAUCUAAUCUUUAAAACUGGUGGGAGGCGCGAGAGAGGGAACAGACAGCGCCGAAGCUGAGAUUAGUCAUGGAAAGCACACCGAAAAGAGACGUUGAUCCAGCAGCAAGUGUCAUUUCAUUAGGUCCUGUAUCUCUGAUGUUGUGGAUAGUGGAGUUCUCCAGCAAUUAAAUGAGAGCCGUGGACACAUCUCAGCAUGUCAGUCUAGAGAGUUCAGAAUCGAAACCUGGGACAGGCUGGAGCCGUGGGGAAGAAACACCAGCCUCCACUAAAAACAGAACAAGUGGAAGCUUCCAAGUCAUGGCCUACAAAAAAAGCAUUUUGUUACAGGAACCGUGUGAGGGUUAAUCUUCUCAUGAGAAUGGAAGUAAAUAAAUGAGAUGGUUAACUUGACCAGUGAGCAGUUCAGUUACAACAAAGAGCAAUUAAAAAUAAGAUGGAUUACACUGGAACGGAAAGGGUUUUGAUGGCUCGAUGUGAGGAAAAACAAAGGAAGUUCUAAACCCAGUGGGAGUUAUAUUAUCUCUGAAUCGAGCAUUCUGUGGCAGAAGAAUAUUCUUUUGGGGGCUUCAAGUCUACAGUAGAAAAGUGUAGAGCAAGCAGUAAAAUCUUAUCGCAAACCCUGACAUGUAGGAUGACAAAAUUAUGAUCAAUUACCAAACAUCAGAUACUCCACAGAGGGCAGUCUUUUGUUUUAACAAUAACCUUUUUCUAAAAGGAAUAGGCGGGAGGGGGAAAAUCAAACAGAGGCAAGGAGAUAAAAUUGUCUGAGGUUAAAGACAAAAUGUGAAGUUUAUUGACACAGUGUUUACCCAAAUUGCAUAGAACAGCCUGACACCAGCCUAAGAACAGGGAUAUAGUUGAGCCCAUUGUAAGUAUCAUUGAAAACCAAAAUGUGCCAGUCAGCAUGACAGAAGGACAUCAAAGAGCGGAUCCAAAUGUUUCGUCGACCUUCACGGGUUGACAAGCCUUUGUGUCUAAAAAAGAGAGGGGAAAAAAAGUCUGGAAAUAAAUAGAAUUUUUAUUUUAUUUUUUUUCUAGGUAGAAAAGAGGUUUCUUGGUCCGUUUCUGACAAUCUGUUAUUUAUUAGUAUAGUUGUGUUUUUUUGUUCGCUUUCAGGUAGGUGUAGUACAUUCAGUUAAAGAGCACAUCUGUAUGCUACUACUUGAUUAAAUCUUUUUUUCUAGCUCUUUUAAAAUUCUUUCUACCACUGGUUUGGUUUUUGCAUGUAGAAUAAAAAGACUUGUAAAAUUGUAACAUUUCAUACAGAAAUGCCGCCCGAUCUUCACCAGCUUCAGAAAUCUGACCUUUGCCGAUGCUGCAAUAAAGUGUUGUAAUUUAGAA